AUGUUUAACCCACUCAUUACAGCCACAGAGGUGACUCUCAAACCACUCGAGAAGGCACACAACCAAACAUUACGACUUAUUACUGGAGGGAUAAAAUCCGCACUCAUUGAUGCAAUGCUCCUAGUUACAGGAAGCACCACAAUAGGUUCCCUUAUCAAAGAAAAGGCUUGUAUGAGAAGCUACCUCAUCAAAGAAAAGGCCUUGAUCCUGUAUGAGAAGCUACUACGCAUUCCCGGUUACAUGAACUCCACAAUAUGUUCCCUUAUCAAAGAAAAGGCCUUGAUCCUGUUGUUGCCUUAUCAAAGAAAAGGCCUUGAUCCUGUAUGA